UUUCAGGCCAAAAUUUUGAGCAAUGAAGCUUCAAAUUUUCUACUCAAUUUUAUUGAUUUUUGUGGAAUUUUUGGUGGAUCCGAGUUCAAGCUUAUUUUCCUCUACAAAUCGAAAAUUUGACCCUAAUCGCCCGACAAUGUCAAAUCAGGGCCAUCGGAUGGGGUGGCCAGUACAGCAGAGAAAAGCCAAUGAGGAAGUGGUGAAUAGCCAGAGAAACACCGAGUUUUUGAUAAUUCAUUGAGAAAAAUCAAUAAUUUUUGAGAUAUUAAUAAAGGUUUUCACAAUUCCAA